AAGCGUCCAGUUUACGGCUCCGGUUGACGUCUCGUCCAACGGGAUCGAUUCGGGUUUAAAGGGAAGGAGAUCCGAUUUCAACUUGGACUUCCCAUCUUGAAAUCACUCUCAGCUUCGUGUUGCGCGCAACCGCUUAUCGUAGUCAAGCAAGGAAAGCGUAGUUUCCGCUCCUAAUUCUGGAUUCAUCUGCUUCCGAUUAACCGGGAAGCUCCAAUUUUAGCCCCACCCUUGAUUUCAGUUCCAUCGGCUAUUUUUGGGGGGUCGUCGAUUUCGAUCCCUCACUCUCUCUUAUGAUCUCCCUGCGAACGACAACGUUUGCAACGAUUUCGAUCCGCACCCACAGGGCAGAGCCUCAAUCUCAUGGUAAAGUCAGCUGCUUCAAGCCCAACAGGACAAACCCAUCUUUAGAAACUCGCUCGCCCGACCAAAAAUCACUGGCAAUCGCGAGAAUUUUAAUGGUGAUGGAACCAAAGCAGGGCGCAUCGUCACCGUCCACCUUGAUGCUAACAUCAGGCGCGAGUGGCCGCAUAAAUGCUCUCUUCUCGCUGCGCGCGAUGACAAGCCUGUUGAUGCUGAUCCGGGCCUUCGUCCUUAUGCUUCUCAUGCCGUUCCGGGGCCGGAAGCGGGUCGUUCUUGUCUCGGGGAACGGGGCAGAGAAGUCCAAGGAUGAAAGGAGUGAGAGCAACGGUGCGAGUAACCGGAAAGUUGGGCCUGUGGUGAGGGUCCCGGCGACGGCCCUGCAGUGGAGGAGGACGGCGUCGUCGUCGGUGGAACAGGAGGUGGCGGCACGGAGAGCCAUGGCAAAGAAGCGGGUGGCGCAGGAUGAUGAUGAAACUGUUGUUAGGGAGUUUUCAAUUUUCACCACCCCGAGGGGUGAUGCAUUGUUCACGCAAUCUUGGAGACCUGUUAAUGUAAAGAUCAGGGGAUUGGUCAUUCUUUUGCAUGGUCUGAACGAACACAGUGGGAGGUACAGUGAUUUUGCAAAGAAGCUGAAUGCCAAUGGUUUCAACGUUUACGGAAUGGAUUGGAUUGGUCACGGUGGAAGCGACGGGUUGCAUGCUUAUGUUAAUUCUCUUGAUGACGCUGUAUGCGAUCUGAAAUCAUUCAUCGGAAGAGUCUUGGCUGAGAAUCCAGGGCUACCUUGUUUUUGUUUUGGGCACUCAACAGGCGCGGCAAUCAUACUUAAGGCUGCUCUUGACCCAAAAUUCGAAGCAUGCAUAUCAGGCGUCGUGCUAACUUCACCUGCUGUAGGAGUUCAGCCGUCGCACCCGAUUUACACUAUACUCGCUCCGAUCGUCUCCCUCUUAUUGCCGAGGUACCAAGUUGGGGCUGCAAAUAAGAAGGGCUUGGUGGUGUCAAGGGACCCAGAAGCGCUCGUAGCCAAGUACUCCGACCCCCUCGUCUAUACCGGAUCCAUCCGGGUGAGGACGGGGUACGAGAUCCUCCGGAUAGCAUCCUACCUGCAGCAGAACCUCAGGAAACUGAGAGUUCCCUUUUUGGUCCUCCAUGGCACUGCGGACAGAGUGACCGACCCGGAUGCUUCCGCGAAGUUGUACGAGGAAGCAUCGGCGACGGACAAGACGAUCAGAUUGUUGGAAGGGCACCUGCACGAUCUGCUCUUCGAGCCGGAGCCAGAGCGUGAAGCCAUUAUGAAGGAAAUAAUCGAGUGGCUGAAUUGUAGAGUAGAGAGGUAGGAAAGAGAAGCAAACUUCAGUUCCUUCUCGUCAAAUGCAUUGGAAGGGAAUCGACUGAUUGGUAAAAAAAAAAAAAAAAAUUUCAACUUUCCAGUACUUUUCUUUUGUCUGAAAGAGGAGAAGAAAGAAUCCUAUUCACGGUAAGCUUUGGAGUUUGACCUCCGGCUUACGGUUUUUACCCAAGC